UCUGCUGUCGCUCGCACUUCACUCGAAAUCCGAGAGCAGGAGGCGAAAGGGGAAACACAUUCACAAGAUAAUGAAGCCUGAGUGUCGGUUCAUCUCACCGCGUUAGGUUUUUACGUGACACCGUCAAAAGCUCGCCGGUAAAUGUGAUUUGGCUGCACCCACCAUGUCCAGAGGUGCGUGGUCCAAGCGUUCGAGGUCUGGGGCAUCCCCGGGGCUGUGUGAGCCCCCUCAGGGUCCGGGCAUCCAUGUGUACCUGUUCUGGUCAAAGGAGGGCGAAAGAUAUUUGUCCCACACAGGUGGACAGGUCACAGCAGAGGAGCUGUGCAUCUCAGCUGCAGAGGCUGUAGGGAUAACUCCUUUGUGCCAUGUGUUGUUUGCUCUGUAUAAUCCACAAUCUCGCUGCUGGUACAGUCCGAACCACGACUUCAGUCCAGAGAACGCUGGCCUCGUACUUCACUACUGUAUGAGGUUUUACUUUCGGAAUUGGCAUGGACUGAAUGAGAAGGAGCCAACUGUAUACCGUUAUGCUCUCAGAUCCGGGACAAAUCAGGGGGGAUCGCCACUGCUUGAAAUCACAUCCUUAGAAUACUUAUUCUUCCAGGCUAAAUAUGAAUUCGUGAACGAAGUAGUGCAGUUGGAAGACCUUCAGUCACAGGAAGAGAUAAGUCGCUUCAAAAAUGAGAGCUUGGGGAUGGCCGUGCUUCAGCUAUCACACCAGGCAAUACAGACAGGCAGCACCUUACAAGACGUUGCCGAAAAAGUCAGUUUCUUGCGAUGCAUCCCGAGAUCUUUCGCCAAACAGAUUUCCAAGGACAACUUCCUGACAAAAAUCAGGAUCCGGCGGGUGUUUGCAGAGUUUGUGGGGACCUUCCAGCACACUGUGGAUAAGGGGCAGCUGGGCGCCCAAGAGAUCAUGUAUAAGUACAUCUCUACGCUUGAACACUUGGCGCCGCGUUUUGGCACGGAGACCUUCCCUGUGUCCCACCUGGAACUGAGAGAGGACGGUGAUGGAAGCAGCUCUUACUCUAACACCACCCAUGCACAGGGUGCCUCGAAGGACAGCUUCAGAAUGCCAGCCACACAUGAGAUAAUGGUGUCUGGCACCAAGGGGAUCCAGUGGAGGGAGGUGUCCAGUCAUAAGGCGCAGGCAAACACUUACCUCAGGAAUGACUACAUGAACUACAUGAAGAGAACAAAACAACAGUCCAGCCAACCGAAUGCAAACACUCCCAAUAAAUGGACCUCCUUCUGCGAUUUCCCUGAAAUAACUCACAUAGCCAUCACUGGAGAUAAUGUGUGCAUUAGCACUCAGGACAAUCACUGCAUGGAGGUUCAGAUGAACUCCAGCCAGGAGGCCCGUUCCUUCAUCUCCCUCCUAGAUGGAUACAACCGACUGACUGCGUUCACCCACCACUAUCUUUGUCAUGAAGUGGCUCCCCCAAGGGUAGUGCUGAGUGUAGCAAAUGGACUGCACGGACCUAUGCAUGAUGACUUUGUGCUGCUGAAGCUGAAAAAGGAAGCAGCAGAGGAGGGAGCUUUCCUCGUACGUUGGAGUGCUCUCGACUAUCACCGUAUCAUCCUUGCUGUCCUGAGCAAAAAUGGGAACGGAUCGAAGCCAAGCCACAAGCAGUUCCGGAUUCACCUAAAAGGUUCGAUGUUUUGUCUGGAGGGUUGGGACAAAGAAUUCUCCAGCAUGAGGGAGCUCACAGAGAGCCUCAAGACCUAUGUGCUCAAGUCUGGAUCGGACAGCUUUACUGUCAAAAAGUGCUGUUUGCCAAAACAAGGAGAGCUAACCAACCUUCUGGUGGUGAGGCAAGGUGUUCACACUGAAUCCUUGUCCGUGAAUACGGCACAGCUACGCUUCCACCAGAUCAAGGACAAAGACAUUGUACAGGGACAGCAUCUGGGCCGCGGGACCAGAACCAACAUCUACUCCGGGCGUCUGCUGGUGCGAGGUGGAGGAGAAAAUGAGGAUGACGAUGAGUUCAACAACAACUCUGCUGACCGCAAAGAAGGGAUCCAAGUAGUUCUCAAGAUUCUGGACCAAAGCGAUAAAGAUACUGAUAUAGGAUUUUUGGAGACAGCGAGUCUCAUGAGCCAGGUGUCCCACAGUCACCUGGUGUUUGUACAUGGUGUGUCAGUCAAAGGUUCUGAAAAUAUCAUGGUGGAAGAGUUUGUGGAAUUUGGGCCUUUGGAUGUUUUCCUUCGCAAAGAAAAGGCCUCAGUGACGCCACAGUGGAAAUUCAUUGUUGCAAGACAACUUGCUAGUGCCCUCAAUUAUCUUGAGACCAAACGGCUGGUUCAUGGAAACGUCUGUGCCAAAAACAUUCUGGUGGCGAGACGUGGUCUGGAGCAUGGCACCACUCCUUUUGUAAAGCUGAGUGACCCAGGGAUCGCCCUGAGCGUCCUUUCAAGGGAAGAACGUCUUGAGCGCAUCCCGUGGGUUGCCCCUGAGUGUAUCGACAUUGGUGCACCCAUUGGCAGUGCUGCUGACCAGUGGAGCUUUGGCGUCACGUUGCUCGAAAUCUGCAACAAUGGCGAUCUUCCCAUGAGUGGCAGCACACUGUCCGAGAAAGAGCGCUUUUUUCAGCAAAAGGGCCGUUUAGCCGAACCAUCCUCCCAGGAACUGGCCAGCUUCAUCAGCAUGUGUUUGACGUACGAGCCUGUGGAGAGGCCUUCAUUCCGCACUGUGCUCAGAGAGCUCACGGACAUCAUGAUGAAAAAUCCUGAUAUAUCCCCCAGUGAAACUCUCCCAGACACAGACCCGAGCGUGUUCCAUAAACGCUACCUGAAAAAGAUGCGGGACUUAGGAGAGGGCCACUUUGGAAAGGUGACUCUCUACUUGUAUGACCCAGCCAAUGAUGGGACAGGGGAGCGCGUGGCAGUGAAAGCUCUGAAACAAGAGAACAGCCAAGUACCUGAUGGCUGGAUAAAGGAGAUUGAGAUCCUGAAGUCUCUUUAUCACAGCAACAUUGUCAAGUACAAGGGCUGUUGUACUGAGCUGGGAGGACAAGUGGUGCAGCUGAUAAUGGAGUACCUUCCCCUGGGGAGUCUGCGGGAGUACCUUCCCAAACGUAAACUGGGAAUGUGCCAGUGCCUUAUGUUUGCUCAGCAGAUCUGUCAGGGCAUGGAGUACUUGCACUCAAAGCGAUACAUCCAUCGAGACCUGGCUGCUCGUAAUGUCUUGGUGGAAAAUGACAGUUUGGUAAAGAUUGGAGAUUUUGGCUUGACAAAAUACAUCCCCGAAGGCGAGAUUUACUAUCGUGUCCGCGAGGAUGGUGACAGUCCAGUGUUCUGGUAUGCCAUUGAGUGCUUGAAGGAAAGCAAGUUUUCCUUUUCCUCUGACAUUUGGUCCUUUGGUGUCACGUUGUAUGAGAUCCUGACCCGCUGUGACCAUCGCCAAAGCCCUCCAUUAAAGUUCUUUGAAAUGAUGGGGGCGACCCAGGGACAGAUGACCGUGAUGGUCCUGAUAAAACUGCUGGAGAAACAGCUGCGAUUACCUCGUCCUAAAGACUGCCCGCACGAGGUGAAGCUGAUAAUGGAGCAGUGUUGGACUGCGGACCCUUCACAGCGGCCAACAUUCGGAUCUCUGAUCGAAAAGUUGGAGGCUAUUCGCCAAACAUAUGACUGGCAGUCUAAUAUAAACUUUUCCUCAGCCCAGAUUUACUGAUCAGGACUCUGAAGAUCUACUUGUCUGUCCACAUGCAUACACUUUGCCAUUAUAACAACCAUAUAUUACAGCUAAUGUUGCUGUGCAAUUCCUACAUUCUUCAUCCACAUAGACCUCUUUAUACUGUAGGUUUCUUUUUUGAUAAACUGCUAUCUUCUCAUAUAUGAUAUUAACCCGAUGAUAAACUCCAUUGGUGUGAUUUGUUUUGAAAAGUGGAAAUUUAUGAAAUGUGAUGCCCUGGGCAGUCAGCCACUGAGCUCUAGCUCUUUUAAAAAUCAUAGGUUUGCAUAUAUCACAGUAAGUAUUAAGAAUGUCUGCAAAGUUGGAAGAUUCACAGGAUUUCAUUUUAUGUUUAAUGUUUGUACAUUUUUGAGUGUAUGUUAACUUUUCAUUUUGUAUAAACCAAAAGAACAAAUUUAAAAUCUUGUAAGCCAUUUUUCACAUGCCCUUUUAUUAAAGAUUGAAACCAA